CUUUCUUCUGUUAUUGUCGGGUAUCCAGCUAAUGGAACUACCUAAGGUUUGCAUUAUCUCCGUUUGUGCGCAGUGCAAACGGGGCGAAGGCACAGGAGAAGAUGUGGAAGGAAUUAUUAGACAUCCUGGAGAUAAGGUGGUUGGUAUUAGUCGUGUUCUUGGUUAGCUGUGCGAUGUGUAGUUAUUUGGGUUGAUGAUAUACUCCUCAUACACAAUGCCUCGCAUUCCGAAUACUCGCUACUGGUUGACUGUAAGCGAGGUCCCGCGGAGAAGAUGGCAUUUUAACGGAAGGCUAAGAUGGCGGUAAAAUGGUGGUUUGCACGAACGAGGCACAGUACGGAGUAUAGCGCAGAUAUUCUGAUCUGGGCUGAGGGUAUCCUUGGCGCGAGGGAGGGGGGAUGUGGCUGGUCAUCACUCGCCGGGUAGGUCAGUGCAGAGGAGGCUAGACGCUCGACACCGGGAUAUAGGUUUUCUCUCCGACAUGCGGACCCUUGUACCGAACAUAGCGCCUAGACUCUUCCAUGUCACGCUCGCCGGAACAUCUCGAGGGUUGUUAUGAAAGGAUAAUGCAGGACAUGACUGGAUCCCACUGUCUUGACCUACUAAGCACCGUGAACAACGCAAAGCCAUUCGGCCGCGAGCUUCGAAACACCAUUUUUAGCUGCAGGGCAGUACAUGCCUGAAUGGAAGGCACAUCAACACAUUGGAUUAAUGGGGUUGGAGAAAGCGGAUGUCUAGCAUUGAUGCUCAGCUGGAUAGCGCGCAUGCCGGCCCAGUGUCCACAAAUUGACCCGGAAAGCCGGGUCCAAAUGUUUGCUAUGGAGUCGGCGAUGACAGAUCCUUUUCAUCGGUGGCGCCGUUGGCGAGGCAUUUGCAAUUGCCACACAGUAUCGACAAGAAACCUAAGAGAGUUUCAAAUUUUCUGUCUGUGUUUAGAGAGGGGAAAGUAAAAGUAAAGGCCGGCGAAAGUGAGUGGGUGAAUGCUGCCCGGCGACGUCGGGGAUGGCGGUUCACCUGCUUGAUCGGUUCCGCCUCGGGCAUUGAGAGGCUCGUUCAUUGGGCGGUGUCUUUCAGAUGCUGGGAUUGUCAAUUGGGGAAAGGCCGUGCUUUCAUUGAAUAGUUGGGAGAGCAAGGUUAUGCUGCCGGGGGUUCCUGGUCAGUGCUACCUUGACUGCAAGAGCUUGGGCUGAGUGGAAAAGCUCAGCUCACAUACUGGCCAUCACUUGACCAGAUCUGGGUUAAGACUUCAAGACCAGAGUAUAGGGUCCUGACGAGCACUCCAUUCGGAUGUUCUCCAUUAUCUUGGCUGUCAGCCUGAUACUGAAGGUGCUCGAGAAAUUGAAAAUAGAUCUCGGGACCAUGCGGGCGUUGCGCACUAAUGCAGAUCAAAUCUCUAGUGUAUGCAUACUCGAACAGCAGGGCUGGAGCCUAGUUUCGUCGAUACAGCAAAGAGAAGCGCUGCAUUGAAAAGUAGUAAACCGUUGCCGAUGUUGACAUUGGUUGAAGUAAAGGCCGAGUGGGUCCUUUAGCGAAGGUAGCGCACAGCUUGAACCUCUCAAGCUCAUCACCGCUCCGGUUUGGGAUCAAUUGUCUGGUUGACUCGGCCCGCCAAUCGUUGAGGUCAUACCCGCCGCUGCCGUUCCUCGCCCGGUAGGGAUCGCUGUUAGGACGCGUCAGGGAGCGCUCAUCAGGCUGAGAGCUCAGGCCAUCGGGCUGAGUGACAACUAUCGAAUUGUUCGAGGUUGAUGCUUUCGAAAGGACGGUGAACUACUCCGUAUGUCUGCGAAAAUCCACAAAAGGAUAGUUCCCACUUGAACAGACAAUGAGCAUUAGUAUUGCGCUCUGUCAGGAGAGACCAAGAAUAUGACUGGCAGAGUCACUUUCGGUGAGAUUGAUCUCAGGGCACCAUGCAGCCACCGUAAGGCUGGCAGGGCCAACAUGAAAAGGAGGUGAUGUGGUGAUGAUUUGUUAGCUAAGAGCUGACUGUUUCUGCGGGAAACAGACUAUUGCGCCUAGUCUGCAAUAACAGGCUAACCACUCCAUAGCAGCGAGCUUGAAAUGGAAUUAUGGAGUCUGGAUGAAUUAAUAAGUUAAUAACCACGUCUGAUGAACGCUUGGCUGGACAACCAUUUGGCUGAAUGUCUCGGUUCGCCUCGUGGGGAGAAGAAUGGAUUCGAAAAAAGGGGAUGGAAGCCAUCUAAGACAUGCAGGGCCUGUGUUACUAUAUUUGGCUGCGGGCGGUAUUUUGCCGUUAUGCUUUUCGCCUUUGUUGGGGGAUGAAGAAUUUCUCAGUGUUCACAUGUCCUGGUCAGCUUGUCAACGAUGCCCAGCAGACGAAAGUUUUGGCAAGGCGAGAUUAUAAAGAGCUCAGGGCUGUUGAACGCGCGGAUUAAUUUGGCAGCUUGGCAUUAAGUCGCAAUAGCCUAUUAUUAUAUACCCGACUGCAAGCGAGUUGGACACGACAAGAUCAAAAAAGCAACAGGCGCCCUAUCUGGAAUCGGUGGAGAGCUGCAAGCCAGAAAACCUCUGAUCCAACGUCGAUCUUGGAAUCGCACCUAAAAGUCACGUACGUACAUGGUCCUGCUGCAGUGUCUGGUUGAGCCACAGGUGAUGACGCCAGUCACCGGCCACUGUGCCACCGCCCUCAGUGUCCCUCCUGCUCUUCGUUCAGCUGCUUGAAUUGGGGCUCUGUUGCAUUCCAAUUCAAAGUUUCAGUCAAAGAUCUGCCCAACUCCCCUCAAAAGCCAAAAGAAAGAGUCAGGCGAGUCAAGACGGUGUGGCUGAGACUGCGGUCUGGGCGGUUGGAAAACGGUUACACUUUCCACACUUCAGGACCCACGGAGCAUCAUCUCAACCUCCGCCGGAUCCCCGUCUCACCUCAAGCUGCUUGUCUUUUUUCUUUGCUGCCUCCUGUGCCACUCACUUCUCUUUCAUUCACCCUCGCUGCUCUUCUUUUCUUUCUCCUUCAGUCUCCUCGCUGGUCAGGCGCUGACGACUCCCGCGGUCUUGCGCCAUCCGAACCAAGGACCAAUUCAACUUGGCCGCCCGUCCAUCUUUACGUUGCCUCCGUGUCAUUCGCUCGUCUCCCCACACGCUUAUUCUUUGGCCACAUCUAUGGACUCGGUCGGCCAGAUUUAACCUUGGCGGGUCUUGACACUCUGUCGCUAUCUCCGUGCGGAGGAGCCGGAGCCCAAAAGCCAAAACACCAUCUUCAAUUGUUCCCCUCCCCCUCUGUUUCUUCCUUUUCUUCCACUCGCUCGCUAGUCCUUCGUUUUUAAAGUCCUAGAGAAGCUGGCCUUCUGUCCCCGUGUGAACCAGAUCAGUUAUCGCAAGCAUGGUUCGCUCACGCGUGCGGUCGUUCUUAUCUUCGUUUGGUGGAUCUUCGCGCAAAGCAAGUCCUGACAGAAGUAAUCGAGCAUCUAAUCCUCCAUCGAGAUUCGAUACACCGUCUCCAGACACACCAUCUCCACACGAUGGCUCCCCGUCAAAAGCUGAGCGUCGCAUGUCGCGGCCUGGCUCAACGGUCUUUUCGCACAAUCCCCCGUUCAUGCACCUAGCAGAGGACACUCCCGCCGAACUCCAGCGCAUAUUCUCCUAUCUCAACAGUCAUACGAACAAGCUGUUUUACGAGGGAUAUUUCCUGAAACUAAAUGAUCUGGACAACAGUGGGUACCACUUCUUGCACCAAAGUUUCGUGACUGACUUCCGUAGAUGGCCGGCCGUGUGCUGAUCGACAGUGGGUGGAAUGCUAUGCUCAACUGGUUGGAACUGUCCUAUCUAUGUGGGAUGCUACUGCGCUGGACGCAACAGGCAAUGCGGAUGAAGUUCCUCCAACAUUCAUCAACCUCGCAGAUGCAUCCGUCAAAAUGCCUCCCUACACAAAACCAAGCAGGUGCACAGUCCCUCCAGAACGUCUUGAGCGUCUGCUCGGCGGGCCAAAAUCGAUACCUCUUGCAUUUCGACUCGCCGGACACCCUGAUUCAAUGGGCAGCGGCGAUCCGCUUAGCGAUGUAUGAGCAUACUUGCCUGUACGAGGCGUAUACCGGUUCUAUUAUCGCGGCAAAGGGAAGAGAGCUCAACGGUAUCAGCGCAAUCUUGGAGCGCAACCGGUUCAAGCAUGAGGAUUGGGCCCGAGUCAGGUUUGGAGCUGGAACCCCUUGGAGGCGUUGUUGGUUUGUGAUUACUCCACCAGAUGAGAAAGAGCUUCAGAAAGCGCGGAAAACCAUGAAGAAGAAAUCCGCCUACGAUCGCGCGCCGAGGCUGGUAAUAGGCAACAUCAAGUUCUACGAGACGAAGAAGACAAAAAAAGUGAAACCUAUUGCGACCAUCACCGACGCCUACUGCGCCUAUGCCAUCUAUCCCCAGUCAAAGGCUUUGAUUGACCAGUCAACGCUGAUUAAAAUCGAAGGAAAUUUUGUCCUGCACUCGCAGUCGGAGGCAAAGAACGAGGGCUUCGUUUUCGUAAUGCCAGAGGUUCAUCCCGCUGUGAGUGGCUUUGAGAUCAUGCUUCGCUUCCUAAUUCCGACCUUCGACACUUUCAAUCUUUAUGGACGGCCCACGCGACUCAUUGCCGCGGUAAACCACAUCAAAAGCAUCAUGUUCGCCUUCCCUGAUCAAGAGCGCUACGACUACAUCGACCUGGUGGAUGUCGCAAAUCUAAUGCAGACUCCCGAAUCCCGCAACUGGAGCGAGGCAGAGUGGAGGAAGCAGCUCAAAGAUGCAACCGCACGCCGAAUGGCAAACACGAGCAGUCGAACAAGCAGCAUCUCGGCGACGAGGCCGCGCUUCCGCACGAGUGUCCCAAGCCGAUACAGCAAUGUUCCCACCGACCCCUCCAGACGCAAGGGCCCCUUCCCAGAAUAUAUGCCUGCUUUCAACCAAUCAGUAGACGCUAUAGUUCAGCAAGUUCCCAAGGAAGGAUCAUAUCCGCAAGCUCAGCACUCCCGAAGCAUGUCCGAUACUGCAGGAUUUGCUCCCAAACACCUCCAGAGCUCUGCCAUGGAAGACUCUGCGACAUCCUCGGCCCAUGACUUGACAGAGAGCCCUAUCGUCGGCACUUCUCCGGACCGGAGUAGCUCCGAAGACGACUGGAAACGGUAUUCUGAACAACAACUUCCUUCAGCACCCGUACCCACGCAGCAAUUUGCGGUUCGAACACCUCCGUCCGAUGUCGCUCCACCUCCCGCCUUCACCCAUAACCCCAGGGAGAGGCCUUCUACUAGGCCAGAGCCGUCACCCGAUGCGCGAAGAGCGAAUGUGCGCAUGUCUGAUGCCACUCUUGCUCAGCUUGUCGCUGCCUCCGGCAAUAUGAACUUUGCAGACAGACCUACCACGUCAGCAAGUCAUGGCAGCAGCGACCGCGCGAAUAACACUUCUGCGCCGCUACUUUCAUCACACGGAGUAUCAGGUGCACCACAACUUGGCCCUGCAUUUGCUAGCUAUAUUACCCCGCGGACUGAGCCACAAGAGCAGGGUCCGCCCGUGCCUGAGCAUAGCUUCGGGUCUGUCAGCCCGUCAUCACCCAGACCAUCACCCAGACCGAACAGAAUGAGCACUCAAAGUAUACGCGUUGAUACGGAGAAGGCUGUGAAGCGGAAGCCUGUAAGCCAGAUCGCCAGCCCUCAAGAUUCCGUUAGCGAGCCGAGUUUCGACGAUCUCCGUCAUACUGUUGAUGAAGAUGCAUUGAACCUAGUCGGUAUCGUUGAUCGUCCAGCCAUCUUCUCACCUCCACCGCGGCCGCCGAUGCGCCAAGAAACAGGGAGUGUCUACGAAGACGACGCGUCCACAGCGUCUCCUGAUUAUGCCAGCACCCACGGAUCUUUGUAUAGCAAGAACUCGGUGAAGUCAAUCCCCAAGCGAAUGGGUGUGAUGAAGACAGUGGGAACGGAAGAGCCCAAGAACUUGGUUAUCGGUGAUGCGCAAUAUUCGCUCGACACUAAGCCAGAGGUCAACCCGGAUAUCCCCGCUAUCGACUUUGGGCCGACUUUGACCUAUCUACCCACUACCGGCCGGCCCAAUACAUCAGACACGCUGAAGAAGUUUGAGCAUCACAGAACUGGCUCCGAUGCUACGGAAAAGCAGCGGUAUUCUCGUCACAUGGACGGUAACCAUUCAAGGUCGCCAAGCCGGGACGAGUACCGUCGGAGCGUGCUGUGGCAGCCAGGAAUGGCUGUACCACGACCGGUAACCCCAGGGAAUGGUCUCACACCAGAGCAAUUUGUGCAACAACGAUCAGCUGCUAGUCCACCGAUCCAUGUCCACCACCGAUCCCCUUCAACCUCAACAGCAACUCCACCUCCUCGGCCCGUGUCUGGGGAUUGGAUGGCUCAUGCAAGGUCUCCGUCUCAGAUGAGUCUGAACCGCGAUAAUCACCCGCGGCCGAAGUCUCGUGGUGCUAGCAGUAUGAUCAACCACACUGACAUUGCGUCUCACCUUUCGGCCCGCGAGCAAGAGCAUGUUGCUCGUAUGACAGGCUCGUCCUUUUUCAAUCUGUCUAGUGAAACAAAGAAGACACCUCCUCCUGUCAAUCCCAUGGGUUUAGUUGGAGCUAUUGAUGCCCGUGAGCAGGAGAAGAGGCUGAUGAAGGAAGGCAUGUCAAAUCAGAUGGUGCAGCAUGCGAUUGCUCAACGCCAGCAUCACUGGCAACACCAGCCGCAGCCACAGUUGCAGCAUCAGCAGUUUGCCCCCACGACCCCGCCUCAAUCCUAUGCAGUUCAAACAGGCGCCAACAGCAUUUACAAUAUGCCUACCGCAAGCCGCACGUGGGACGCCUUGAACCAGUCAUACCGGCCUGAAGAGCCGCGUCGCCAGUCUUGGUACAACCAGCUACAACCACCGCAGACAGCACCAUCUAUGCAUCCCACAACCCAACCUAGUCCUCAGCCUGGAUAUUUCAACACUACCCAUCCGUCGUACUACUAAGCCAUCAUUCUCAUCCUCUCCUUCCGUCCCUUUCUACCGACCGUUUCCUACAUAUUCACUCCAACACUGCACCACUUUCUCUUCAAUUUAUGAUCUGCCUGUGAUUCAUCAUUUCCUUACCCUCUCGACUGUCUGCAUACAGGAAACUUUUGCAUAUUAGACCUAGAUCUCUCAUUUUCCAUCCCAGGUUUACCAUCGUUGGUUGCUCUCAUUUGUUUACAUUUCUUUUUUUUUUUUUUUUUUUUUUUUCCCUUAUAUUCAGCCUCAUAGCAAAUGCUUCGCACAUUAGUGGAGUUGUGAGAUUUGGGUCCGGCGCUGAGGAUUCUCUUUUUUUCAGAUUGAUUACCGUCAUCCUUGUGCAUUACUGCCAUCAUCAUCUACUUGUCUUCUUUGAAACUUUGGACGGAUGCAAAAAUUGGUGUUUUAUUUAAACCUCUCCGGAUCAGUUGCAUAGCAUUUUUGUCUAGCCUGAGUGGAAUACAUAUACUUGCUUUUCGUUCUGAAUCUGAGUCGUCGAUCGCUGCGAAAUUGUAAAUG